CUAUUCCCGUUGCAUGCUUCCGUCACUUGUCAAUUCACCGCUGGGGGUUGCUCGUUGCGUUGGUCUGAAUUUCCUGGUUCAUUCAAAAUCCCCCUCCAGCCCACCGACGGAUGCUCGAGGGGCCCAGAUACUUUUUUUUCUCGUCUUCUUUUGUUUACCUACUUUGGCUACUAGGAAAAGCAGGUCGGCUAUUGAGUGAUCAGUUGCUCGCCUCUCAUCUCUUGCCUAUCGUCUCACACUCCGCCUCUCGGUCAAUUCACCACAGUUGUCAGUAGUAGACAGCUGGAUGUGGAGCUUCUCCGUCCUGGAAAAAUCGACGGGUUUCUCGUGACUCGACCGCCCUUGAUUCUGGAUCACUUUGACGCAACAAAGGGAAAAGCUGUCAAUUUCCUGGACCUGCAUCCCGGAGCCGGUUCGAUAACCUCUUGUUGUUUUCACUCACGCUUCGCUCCUAUACUACCCAACACCCUACUACACAACUUAUCAUUAAACACACACACACACACACACAACACCGAACUCACUGAACUCACCAAACUCACCACCAGAAGAAAACAAAAAACCCACGAGAACAGCAGAAAAUGAUUGAUCGUGGUCUCGGCCUCAUCUGCCUCUAAAGCAGCAGCUCUCGCUUUUCGUUCUCUCCACCUCCCGUUGUUCUCUCAUCAGCAUCUUGUUUGCUGUCGCAGCACACAUUUUAGUCGUAUCGCCUAGACAAUUAUCGUCACGGCAAAGCGCCACAACGUCACACCCCCCUUUUUGAUACCCCGAAGGAUAAGACAUCCUUCAUCAUGAAGUUCGGCAGGAACCUCCCCCGCAACCAAGUCCCCGAGUGGGCGGCCUUCUACAUCAACUACAAAGGCCUGAAGAAGCUGAUCAAGGCGGCUGCGCAAUCGGCCAAGGAUGGAGAGAAGGUGGAUCUUGCAGAAUUCUUCUUCGCCCUGGACCGCAAUCUCGAAGAUGUCGACAGCUUCUACAACCGCAAGCUUAGUGAGGCCGUCCGCCGUCUCAAUCUGCUGCGCGACCGCUAUGGCCGCGUCCACGACCUCGUUUCCAACCUCGACGAGGAUGAGACCGAGGAGCUCAUGGGCGCUCUCUACGAGAUGCGCAUCAUGCUGAGGAACCUUAACUGGUUCGCUGAAAUCAAUCGCAGGGGCUUCGUCAAGAUUACAAAGAAGCUCGACAAGAAGCUCCCUGACACGGUCUCUCAGCACCGCUACAUCUCGACCAAGGUCGACCCGCUGCCUUUUGCCAAGGACACCACCGGCACGCGCCUCCUCGCGGAAAUCAACAAAUGGAUCUCUGCGCUGGGUGAAGCUCGCAACGUCGACGACGCCAGAUCCGACAGGUCAGUGCGGUCGCUCGGCCGCGUCUCCUCCAAGGCCAUGUUAACGCUGUCGCAAACCCUACUCGACACCCUGGAGCAGGCCAUUCGCAAUGACGAUGUCGAGUCGUUGAAGACCGGCUUGAAGGACGGCAACGUGUCCGGUGAGCAGGCAUCUCAGGGCCUGCUUCUGAACAUGCUGCAGCGCUCCAUUGCUGCGAGGUCCAAGGCUUGCAUUGCCUAUCUAAUCGACCAGCUGCCGUCCAUCCACGAGCCCGAUGAUAUCAACGAGCGAAACUGUGUUCACAGACUCGUCAUUCACAUCGGCCGCACCAAGUCUUCCGACCCUGACAACGAGCCCAAAUCGUACCCUUUCCCCAUUGGCACGCAGUUUACUUCUCACGACCUGCAGCCAGCAGUCUCCCAAGUCGUCACCCCCCGGGCGCUCAACCAGAACGAGGCGAAGCUGCUCGGCAAGGACGACGAGGCGGUCCAGAUUCUCAUGUAUCUCCUCGAUAAUCUGAAGCCCGAGCACAGAGAAGCACUCAGUGCGAGGGACUCGUUUGGGCGACUGCCGCUCCACUACGCCGCCCGAUUCGGCUUCGUGGUCGUCUGCCAGAUCAUCAUGGCCAAGAUGCAGGAGUGGGGCCAGUUCAACGUCGAGAACGGCAUCGAUGCCCCCGAAUGGCAGGACAACGACGGCUACGCCCCGCUGCAUUUGAGCGUCGUGGGCGGACACCCCCUGACGACCAAGGCUCUUCUCCAAGGAGAGAACUGGCAGGGUGUUAGCGUCAAGAAGGCAGAAAUGAGACGAACCGUGUCCAAAUCCGGCGCUGUUCUCGCCAUGGCCACCAAAUCCAACUACAAGGUCAUCGUGGAGAUGCUCGUCGACGCUGGGGUUGACAUCAACUGGCAGGACAAGACGGGUGAAACCGCACUGCACCUUGCCGCGCGCCUCGGUCACGAUGAGAUCGCCAAGUCGCUGAUCAAGGGCACUGAUGAGCAAAAGGCCGAUCUCGAGAUCGCGGAGAACACGUACGCCUGGACGCCACUUCACGUGGCUGCCGUCGACGGUCACCUCUCGGUGGUCCAGUUGCUCGUCGACUCGGGCGCAGUCGUCGCCAAGGCCGAUUCUUCUGGCUGGACCGCCAAGGAACACGCUGCGCUGCGUGGCCAUCUGGACAUCGCCAGGCUCCUCGCGAACCAAGCCGAGUCCGAGAUCGUCCAGCCUACGAGCAGCCUCAAAAUCUCCAACGAGAGCUCUCCCCGCUCGUCGUCUCCCGAGAACACGUCGUCGAUCGACGGUCGCAAAUCCGACGGCUACGUCCGUCCUGUGGAGCCGGUCAAGACCUUUGGCCAUCGCUAUCUCACCGACAAGAGCAUGGUCCUUGUCAGCCUUGGAUCGAUGGACAUGCGCAAGAACCUCGAGGCCGUCAAGCUUGACCGCGUGCCCUUGACCGAAGCCCAUCUGACCGAGCUUGACACGGCUUUGUCCAUUGUUGUCUCGGCCAGCGGUGCCCAAGGCGAGCCUACCAUUGUUGACUUGCCGGUCCAUGAGACCGUUUCCACCGAGCCAAUCGUGUUCACGGCGGCCGACCCCUCUCAGGUCAAGCUGAUGUUCGACAUUGUCCCGACUUACUCUGGAAAUGAGAAGAACAAGAUCGGACGCGGUGUGGCCCUCCUCUCCUCCAUCAAGCCCACUUUGGGCACGAAACGGAUGAAUCUCCAAGGCGAUGUCUGUGUGCCGAUCUUGGCGAACAACUUGGAUGUCAUUGGUACCGUCAACUUCAACUUUUUGGUCGUCACACCCUUCUCGCAUCCCAACAUGGAGAUCAACUCCCAGCAGACGUACUGGAAGAAGCUAGCCACGACGAUGGUCAUUGGUCACCGCGGUAUGGGUAAGAACAUGACGAGCAACAAGUCUCUCCAACUGGGAGAGAACACGGUGCCUUCUUUCAUUGCGGCGGCCAACCUUGGCGCCCAGUACGUUGAGUUCGAUGUGCAGCUCACCAAGGACCACGUGCCAGUUAUCUACCAUGACUUCCUUGUCAGCGAGACUGGUAUUGAUGCCCCGGUUCACACCCUGACCCUGGAGCAGUUCUUGCACAUCAACCCCGACUCAAACCGCACAAACGGUGUCAACGCAGUCAAUGAGAGAAUCGAGAAGGUUCGAAACAAUGCGCCGGGUCCCAGGCAACGGUCUUUGUCCAUGGGCUACGCCGGCGACAGUCUCAACGGGGGCGGCCUCGAGGAGCGCAUGAAGCACACGCGGGACUUCAAGAACAAGGGCUACAAGGCCAACUCGCGUGGCAACUUCAUCCAGGCGCCGUUUGCCACGUUGGAAGACCUUUUCCGCCAGCUCCCCGAGCACAUUGGCUUCAACAUCGAGAUGAAGUACCCCAUGCUCCACGAGAGCGAGGAGCAGGAGAUGGACACGUACGCCGUCGAGCUGAACUCCUUCUGCGACACGGUCUUGUCAAAGGUGUACGACCUGGCGGGCAACCGACACAUCAUCUUCAGCUCCUUCAAUCCCGACAUCUGUCUUUGCUUGAGCUUCAAGCAGCCGUCGAUCCCCAUCAUGUUCUUGACCGAUGCAGGCACCUGCCCCGUCGGUGACAUCAGAGCCUCUUCGCUGCAGGAGGCCAUCCGGUUCGCCAGUCGCUGGAACUUGAUUGGAAUCGUUAGCGCCGCCGAGCCUCUCAUCAACAGCCCCCGACUGGUCAAGGUCGUCAAGGAGAGCGGCCUCCUCUGCGUCAGUUAUGGAACGUUGAACAACAACCCCAUCAUGGUUCAACGUCAAGUGAAAGAGGGUAUCGACGCGGUCAUCGUAGACAACGUCCUCGCCAUCAGAAAGGGUCUCACGACCACCGAGGCUGAGGUUCUCAACGGCGAGGUCGAGACCUCGGAGGAGGGAUCGGAGACUGGCGACUCGGUUUAGAAACAAGAGGGGGAAACCAUCUACGGCUCCACAGCACGGGGAAAAGAACAAAUGACUUUGCAUGGCAUAGCGUAACAGGAAGGGAGAAAUGGCAUAUACAACCGGUCGUGUAGAGUUUCCGACCGGCUUUCAACACGUAUCACAGGGAGGGAGAGCAAGAAGCUUAAGCACGCGUCUGCGAUGCAGUGACAGAUUCAAUCCGGGAGGUCCGUCCUGGGAUCCGGGGACUUUGUGGUUGGAUGGUCGUUGGGAUGAGCAUCUACUCCACGUACAUGAUGAUUCCGGCCCCUAGAGUGCUGUUGAAAAUGCCAUCGAAUGUGAC